UCAUCUAUAAAUUCACUGCAAUCCAUUCCCCACCCAACCCGACCAACCCACUCCACGACCCUUAUACGACAAACCCAUUCUCCCCAAGAUUCGCUUAAUCAUGUCCCCUCCUCCUAUCCAUGGUGCUGAUCAGGUGGUACUUGUGUCGCCGCCUCAUCGCCGCUCCGGCGAGGUUCAUGUCAUUGUCGGUCCCAUGUUCGCUGGCAAGACCACAGCCCUCCUCCGCCGUGUUAUGGCUGAAGCUGAUACCGGAAGAACUGUGGCGAUGAUAAAGUCGAGUAAGGAUACCCGGUACGCGGCCGAUGCAGUGGUGACCCAUGACGGCACCAAGUUCCCUUGCUGGCCGCUGUCAGAUCUCUUGUCGUUUAAGCACAAGCUUGGUGCUGAUGCCUACCACAAAUUGGAUGUGAUUGGUAUUGAUGAAGCUCAAUUCUUUGGCGACCUCUAUGAUUUCUGCUGCGAGGCAGCUGAUCUUGAUGGGAAAACUGUAGUGGUUGCUGGCCUUGAUGGUGAUUACUUAAGGAGGAGUUUUGGCUCGGUGCUAAAUGUAAUCCCACUUGCUGACACCGUAACAAAAUUGACAGCCCGUUGUGAACUAUGUGGCAGACGUGCUUUCUUCACUUUGAGGAAGACGGAAGCAACACAAACGGAGCUCAUAGGUGGUGCUGAUGUUUACAUGCCCGUUUGCAGACAACACUAUACCAACGGACAAGGUGUUGUUACAGGAGCUGCAAAAACGGCUUUUGAAACUCCUACAGUUCAGAGUUUGGAAACAGCUGCCAUGGUCUAGAUUGCUUGUUGGCUAUACUAGUAUGUAUUAAGUACCUCGUUUCAUUGUUUCUUUUAUUAGCCAAGAUCUCCAUGGCUGUGUAGCUCCUCUGUUUUGUGUAUAGCUUUACUUCUAUAUUCAGACUCAUCAUGUGUGAGUUGGAAAGAUGAUAUCCGCUAUAAUAUAAAUCUGUUUCUUGAUUAA